CUCCACCGCUGAAAACUUCACAGUCGGCCACGUAGCUUGCUCGCUAACGUCAACGGCAGCGACGUUAGCUGGCUAACCCGAGAGAAAUACUAACGGAAGGAUUAUAUAGAAACCAGCCCGCCUUAAACUAUCGUAUAUUUGCUGCUAUUACCACUUUAGCGUAUGUAAUAUUUGCUUAGCUUGUUAGCAUAACUGUUCAGAGCUAAAGAAAAUUGCAUAGUGAGUGUGAACCCCUGCGCCCAGCCAAAACUUAACGUUCCUACCAAGUUACUGCAUCAUGGAGUCAGAUGAGUCAGACUCUGAGUCUGUCCAGAGCCAAGUGAUGGAGCUACAUCGAAGUCCCCCUGCUGAGCUGGAGGAGGAAACUGCUGAGGAGGCUGGUGUAACGGAUCUGAAGCAUUGCAGUGUUGUACUCGACCGUCUCUGGGCUGACGACAAGGCUGCAAAAAAAGAGCUUGAGGAGAAAGAAGACAUGAACCGCAAAGGUGGGAAACCAGUCUCCAGAAUCCCUACUUUCCAUAAACGACCUACCGGUGCGAGCCAGAACACGGAGCUGCCUGUUCCCAAAAAAGAUACCCCUCUCCAUGUAGCUCAACCGCCCGAGAAAGCUGGAAGUGGAAUUGUGGAGGCUACGAAGUCCAAGCCGCACGGUGUCAGAGAAACGCCAUUCUUCCUGCCAGCGAUCUGCAGCCCCAAAAUCAGCUCCCAAGCCCCUUCUCUGUUCAUCAGCACGGAACAAGCCACUGCAAUGGCCCACAGUUCCCUAUCUACUGCACCCAAGAGCUGGAGUUUGUCUGAUUCUGUGCAGUGCCCUCCUAUGACUGUUAGCCCCAGGCCUGCCCUCAGACCAGAGCAAGGGUCGGAGCAACAUUUGCCAGAGCAAGACACCAGCAAAAAGUUUGGAAUAGAAGCUGCAACCAUACCGGAUGCCCCCAUAUCUCACCUGCGCGAGGGCUCCAUCAGCCAAAACCCACAGGAAGACAAGUACGACGUUGAGGUUAAAAAGGUUAAAAGCAGGAUUACCCUCGCUGCCUCCGGAGAUACUGAAAAGUUGGCAGAGAUCGUUCACACAACUGAAGUUAGCCGAGAGGAGGCUAUUAUGGACGAAGAGCCACCGUGGGUGACGGAGCCGGUGAACAUACUUGAAUUAAAGGACAGCAGAUCUUCAUCAGAUGUUGAAUGUGAGGAUGAUUUGGCAGGCGGAAAGUCUGAGGGCCAUGAUUCAGGGGAGGUGAAGGAGCAUCACGAACCACUUGUAAGCCAGUCGGCGUUUUCAGAUCUCACAGAAGAAAGAGCCAGUGUUGAUGAAUUGGCCUCUCCUUUAGCACCAGAGAAGCCCGCUAAAGCUGGAUCAACCAAGUCAACUAAGACCUCAGGAUGCUCCAGUUUUGUCCUCUUCUGCUUCCUGCCCACCACCUUGCUGCUUCUAGGGGGCUUUGGCCAGCAUGUUUGGCUCUACGGGCUUCCCAUGUCUGUGGCUCAGCUCACAGCUCAGCUGGAACUACACCUGCUGGAGGGCUUUGGCUUAGUACCAGAGCCUUGCAGCACUGAUUGUCGAGUGCAUCUGGUGGAGAGCAUCCCUGUGGGCCUCUACCAGUCUUCUCCCUCGUCCAGAGGGAGCAUCGCAGACAGCUGGCUUCAUCUGCUGGACAAGGCCAACAGCUCGGUCCAUAUCGCUGCUUUCUACUUCACCCUGCAAGGCAGCGAUUUGGAGUUCGCUGGCUCCUCGGACUCUCAGGGACGAAUGGUCUUUGAGCAACUUAAACAACUUGAAUCCAAAGGUGUGAAACUCCAGAUUGCCGUCAACGCCCCCCAGACCUCAACUCAAGAUACGGCUGAAUUGGCUGCAACAGGUGCAGAAGUCAGAGAGGUAGACCUCAAGGCUGUAACUGGAGGCAUUGUUCACACCAAGCUGUUGGUGGUGGAUCAAAAGCACUUCUACUUGGGUAGUGCUAACAUGGACUGGCGCUCUCUAAGUCAGGUGAAGGAGGUCGGCCUGUCAGUGGAGGACUGCAGCUGCCUGGCUCAGGAUGCCUUUCGGAUCUUCGGGGUGUACUGGAGCAUCGGUGGAGCGAACAACGGGUCCCUGCCGCCGUACUGGCCUGCUCGUCUCUCUGCCCUGUCCAGCUCCCAGAAUCCCCUGCGCCUGAAGUUCAAUGGAGUGCCUGCUCAAGUCUACCUGUCUAGCGCCCCUCCGCAGAUCUCAGCCCGCGGCCGCUCAGACGAUCUUUCCACCAUCCUGUCGGUCAUCGACGACGCCCAGCAAUUCAUUUACAUCUCGGUCAUGGACUAUCUUCCUCUGUCUCAGUUCACAGAGCCUCUCAGGUUCUGGCCCGCCAUCGACUCGGCCCUGCGUGCUGCAGCCUGCACCAGAGAGGUUCGGGUCAGACUCCUGGUCAGCUGCUGGAAGCACUCACCUGCCGCCAUGUUCACCUUCUUGCAGUCCCUGCUGGUGCUCAACAGGCCUGCGCUGGAAUGUGACAUUGACGUGAAAAUCUUCACAGUGCCUUCGACAGCGGAGCAGCUGAAGAUUCCAUUUGCACGAGUCAAUCAUGCCAAGUACAUGGUUACAGACAGAGUGGUCUACAUAGGGACGUCCAACUGGUCAGAGAACUACUUCACCCAGACAGCUGGCGUGGGCUUGGUGGUGAACCAGACCGGCUCUGAGGUUAAGGAAGGCCAAGAGACUCUGCAGAGCCAAGCAGAGGAGCUCUUCCUCAGAGACUGGACGUCUCAGUAUGCCAGCACUCUCUCUGUUGGCAAUGUGGAUGUCUGCCCACACUGAGGGUUUGUUGUUCAAUAAAGCAGAUUGCAUUGUAGAUGAGCAUCUUGCUUGCUCCCACCACUUGAACUUUACUUAUGCAGAAUCCGCUUGCUGUACUGUGUAAAUGAACACAGGUUCUCUUAUUGCUGUUUCCUGACUUGGCUGCCUGUUUUUUUUGUACAUAAUUGGGUUUUUAUAGUUUGUUUCAAAACAUGUUAUUUUUAUACUCUGUAUUGUUCUGACGAUUGUCUUACAUAAAUUAAGACGCAAGGGAACUCGCUUUGUACAAUUUAUUUUAUGCCUGGAGCAUUUUGUAUAUUUUCCUGGUGCCAAGUUUGAACAAUCUCCUGCAGGAAAUAAAACAUUUCCAAAGAGGUGCAUACACCACAGCCAUGUUUACACUGCUGAAGCUAUUAGCUGUUAAUGUUUGUGCUUAGUGAAACCAUCUGAUGUAAUGUCAGUCCAACAGUACAAGAUUCUUGUAAAUGCUGUCAAUCUUUCAUUCACAACAGAUGGCUGGCUCACAAAGAAAUCCAAUUUGAAUGUUUACCACUACAGACAGAAACUAACUCACUCAAAUAUGAGUGAGCAUGCUUUGUUUUUUGAUUCAAGUGUUUGUUCUGUAUUUGUCUGGCAUCUCCGUUUUACUGUAUUGAUAAUUACUGACAAUGUCUGUGCCGUCUCCUUUACCAUUUAAUGACCAGGACCGUUCAAACUGUUCAACCUCCCGGCUCUGGAUGAAAUGGGGAACAUUUCGUUUGGUCCCUGACUAACGGAGAAGUUUCCUGGAUGGUUCAAUAUAAAUAAAACCGGCUCCUUGGAUGGUGAUCUUUGAGAGCUUCUUGAGUACUAUGAAA